UUUUUUAAAGCCGGACAACACAGUAAUUGAUAGGCACGAAUUUACAGUACGCAAAGUCGAUCAAUUAGACGUAAAUAAAUUGUGCAACGUGUUAAAGCAGCAUGGAAUCAUUUUUAUCUGCAUCAAGAGCCGCCGUGUUGAAUCUGUCGGCUUACAAAAGAAUCCGCAUCGUUCGGGGCAAUGAAACUUGUGAUUUAGAUUCAGCCGUAUCGACGUUGAUUCAAGCCUUCUCCGAGUAUUUGGACGGAAUUGAAAGUAAGGAAACAGAUUUAGCAACCAUACCGUUAAUGAAUAUACCCAAGAGAGAGUAUCGCGUGAAAACCGAAGUUGUAUUUUUUUUCGACCUUCACAACAUACCGUCCGACUUGCUAAUAUUCCGGGAUCAAAUAGAUUUGAAAGCAUUGAAGGAAAAUACGAAAAUAAAAUUGGAAACGGUGCUUGUUGAUCAUCAUAACCUUUCGGACGAGGACAUGUACUUGAUGGAUUCUGUAGUAAAAAUAAUCGAUCACAGACCGCGAGACGAGCGAUGGUCAUGGCCUGGCGGGGAAAUACAUCUGGAAAGCGUAGGCAGCUGCGCGACACUGGUGGCGCGAAAUUUGUUCGAUAAGCAUCCACAUAUGAUAGACUCGCAGAUAUCGAGUCUUUUAAGAGGUCCGAUAUUAAUCGAUACUUGUAAUUUCGCAAAAGAGGCCAACCGUGCUACUAUCGUCGACGUCGAAGUGACGAAUGCUCUUGAAAAAGCCGGAUCGUUAAGUCUCGACAGAGACAAAGUAUUUAACGAGAUCGUCGAAGCAAAGUCCGACAUUAGCAGAUUAACUACCGACGAUCUUUUAAUCAGAGAUUUAAAAGUGACUAGUGGAAUACCGAUCGUUGGAUUGCCUAUGUUAGUAAAGGAUUUCCUUAAUUUGCAAGACAGUCGUCUGGAAGGUCUUGGAAACUUUGCCAAAUGUAGAAACACUACGUUAGUCAUCCUAAUAGGAUUGAAACUUGAUUCGCAAAGUGUAUCUCGAGAUAUCGCUAUUUUUUCAUUGGGCACCGAUCGACUGAGAGAAAAGAUAACGAAUGCCCUGACAGCAUCUACGCAACCCUGUCUCGAGUUGAAUUUCAUUAGAAAAAUUCACCAGGAAGAUGGAGACUUUAUUCUGCUUCUUUACGAGCAAAAAAAUUUAUGCGUCACAAGAAAACAGAUUUUACCGAUCGUUCGACAUGUCGUUUCGUUGGAGUGUGCCAACAAUAAGUAACUAUUCGUGAUAGAAUCGUUUACAAAGUUGCAUUAGUUAAUUUGCAAAGGAGAAGACUUUGAUUUUUCGAGUUUUCUUUAAAAUAGAAACAAUAAGAAAUAAAACGAUUCAUCUUAUUUUGAACUAAAUUGUUUCGAAAUUCAUUAACACGGAAGAAGAAACUAAUACGAUACUCGAUAUUAAUUUGAUAAAUAUGAAAUACCAUUUUCAUUGGUACAGGUAAUCUGUGUGUUUUAUUA